ACGUGGUGGCUGCUUCUCCUCCACACCGAGCUCACAUUAAUCACCGACUGGUUUCAUGUUAUUACCGUAAAAGAAAAAAGUUAUACCACAAUGUCUUGUUUUCAUAAACGACCGAAAAGGACGAAAUCAGAGGAGCUGGCUUUCCAAGAGCAGGUGAAAAAAGUUGCGCAGGAGAAUGGAAAACGCCUAGGUUUGGAGGGAGAUCCAGAUCUACAGUUCCUGCUGGUCGGCGGGAAGCUGGUCAAGAUUCGCUCGAGCUCCUGGAAGAAGAACCGCUUCUUCGUGCUUCAGGAAGACUGCAAGACGUUGUGGCAUGAGUCCCACAAAACAUUCAGGCGAAACCAGACUUUCUCCAUCGAUGACAUUGAUUCAGUGCGCAAGGGACGUCAGUCUGAGGGCCUUAAUAAACACACCGACCCCAGUGUUGAAGAUCUGUGCUUCUCCAUCAUCUUCAAGGGCCGCAAGAAAAAUCUUGAUCUGAUGGCGGGAAGUGAACCAGAUGCAAAACAGUGGGUCAACGGCCUGGAUAAGAUCAUGAGCAACAUGCGCAACCUCAACCACAAGCAGAAGAGCGAGCAUUGGAUCAUUAACUGCAUGCGGAAAGCAGACAAGAAUGAGGAUAACAAGAUGACCCUGAAGGAGUUGAAGCACUUCCUGCGACAGAUCAACGUGGAAGUGGACGACACUUACGCAGAGGAUAUUUUCAAGAAAUGUGACACGUCCAAUUCAGGCUCCCUGGAGGGUUCAGAGAUCAGACACUUCUACGACCUGCUGACGCACCGAGAGGAGGUAGAUGUGAUUUAUGGGAAUUACGCUCAAACAGAGGGACAGAUGAGCUCCAGAGACCUGCUGAACUUCCUGUUGAAUGAACAGAGGGAGCAGGUGUCCAUGGAGGACGCUCACAAGCUGAUUGAAAAAUAUGAGGUUGAUGAAACAGCAAAGCAGAAGAAACGUAUGACCAAAGAUGGCUUCCUGAUGUACCUGCACCAGGAGGAGGGCUCUAUCUUUAACCCGGCACACAAACAAGUGUAUCAGGACAUGCACCAGCCCCUCAACCAUUACUACAUCUCCUCGUCACACAACACAUACCUGAUGCAAGACCAGCUCAAAGGACCCAGCAGCACAGAAGCCUACAUAAAAGCACUCAUGAAGAGCUGUCGCUGUGUGGAGCUGGACUGUUGGGACGGAGCUGAUGGCGAGCCUGUUAUUUACCACGGCUACACACUCACAUCCAAAGUGCUCUUUAGAGAUGUUAUCAAAGCCGUCAAAGAAUAUGCCUUCAAAACGUCUGACUACCCAGUGAUCCUGUCCCUGGAGAACCACUGCAGCGUGGACCAACAGAAGCUCAUGGCCCAUCACAUGAUCUCCAUCCUUGGUGAUGCUUUGGUCACAAAGCCAAUAGGCAACACAUUGCCCAGCAACUUCCCCUCACCUGAGGAGCUGAAGGGCAAGUUCAUCAUCAAGGGAAAGCGACUGAACAAACUGGAUGCUGCCCUCAACAAUAACAGCAUGCUAGAUGAAGACACAGUGUCUGAAGAGGAUGAGGCUGCAGAUUGUAAAGACAAUGGCCAGAAAGCCAAAUCAAAGAAAUCAAAAAUCAAACUCGCCAAAGCGCUCUCAGACAUCGUCGUCUACUGCAAGAGUGUCCAUUUCAACGGCUUCGAACACGCCAAGGACAGCCACGCGUUCUACGAGAUGUCGUCCCUCAAGGAGAGUAAAGCUUUUAACCUGGCUGACACUUCAGCGACCGCCUUCAUGCAUCACAACAUGGACAAACUCACUCGGAUCUACCCGGCUGGCUCCAGGACCGACUCCUCCAACUAUAACCCAGUGCCGAUGUGGAACGUUGGCUGCCAGAUAGUUGCAUUAAACUUCCAGACUCCCUCCAAGGAGAUGCAAAUAAACCAGGGUCGGUUUCUUCAAAACGGUUUUUGUGGCUACAUCCUGAAACCUGAAUUUCAGAGAGACCUGUCAACUCAGUUUGAUCCCAACAACCUCUCCAAAGGGCCCUGGCUAAAGAGGAAGAGCUUUCAUGUCAUGGUAAUCUCAGCUCAGCAGUUGCCGAAAAUCAACAAGGACAAACACAAAUCCAUCGUUGACCCUCUGGUGAGAGUGGAGAUCUACGGCGUCCCGGAAGACAACGCCAGCAAGGAGACACACUACAUUGAUAACAAUGGGUUCAACCCACAGUGGAAUGAGAGCUUCCAGUUCGACAUCCAGGUCCCAGAGCUGGCCAUGGUGCGGUUUGUGGUGGAGGACUAUGACUCAACAUCCCAGAAUGAUCUCGUCGGGCAUUACUGCCUUCCGCUCACAAGUGUACAGAACGGAUAUCGUCACGUGCCGCUGCUCACCAAGAGAGGUGACGUCAUCUGCUCUGCCGGAGUGUUUGUGCAUCUCAUGCUCGUGGACGCUCAGUAGUCUCGCGUUUGGAUAAACCUUCAUACCAGCCACAGCAUUUCUUUCUUUUUAUUUUUUGGAAAACUCUACAGGAUUAUGUCCAGUUUUUAAAGCUUGGGGAUGUCAUCUGCGUAACAACUGGUGCUGACUCAGCAUUGUCUGCGUAACACUUUCCUGUCAUUGUAUGAUUUUUUUUUUUUUUUUUAAGAAGUAUGGUUGAGAGCUUUUGUGUGGAAGUUAAGGAAGAGUAAAUGAAAAUGUGAAUGGAAGAGAAGUGUGGGAAACUAUUUAAAGAAAGUCAUUAAACUGUGUUUUUCAUAUUGGGGAUAAUAUUUGGAGAUAAGGUGUGCAUAUCAGCUAUAAGAUAUUUCUGAAGUAUUUUAUUUUCUACUUUUCUGGAAGCUUAAAAUUACCCCUCAGGAUUACACAAAUCAUAGAACAAUUUCAUUGUGAAGUUGUACAAAUACACUCACUUCUUACUUUUUAUUUUAAUGUAAUAAUGUUGGUAACUGGAGCUACGUAUGAUAUCAAAAGACAAAUGUCUUACCCAUUGAGAGAGCCACGUGUGUCUCUUUGCACGUGUUUAGGUAUCAAAUAUUCAUAUUAAAUGUCCUUGUCCAAAAUAGUUGCCAACGUUUUCAUUUUUUAAAACAGAUUUAUGUGAUGAGUGUCUUAACAAAUUAACUGCAUCAUGUUUUUAAUCUGCUCUAAACAUAUUCACCAAGUAUUUCAUGUUAAAAAAAAAUCUUGAUAUUUUAAAUAAUUCAUGUCUUGUUACUUAUCUGCAUUUGCACACGCUCUCGAAUAAACCAGCAGAGUCCCUGA